AAUUUUGGAUUAGGAAGGAAGCAACCCAAUUUUUAGAUGGAAAGAAAAGCCGAAGAAAGGAAAAUUGAAGAAGCGGUGUCGUCGUCGUCUGUGUCGUGGGAACAGACGGCGUAUCUUGAUCCUACUUCCUUCCUACUUUUCACUUUUCAUCUUUCUCAUCCAUGGACCUCCAUCCUUCAUGGGAUUCCCUUCGCAAUCAGGCAAGAAAACUUGAAGCUCAGUUGGAUGAGCAAAUGAUUUCAUAUCGUAAAUUGGUUUCAGCAAAAGUCUCAACAAAAGCUGAUGCAUCGGAGAGUGACCUGGAGUCUUGGAUUGAGCGAUUGCUAAACCAACUCAAACAAGUAAACUCACAGAUGCAAGCUUGGGUGUCCUCUGGUGGCUCAGAAAUGGUUUCUCAUACUCUGAACAGACACCAAGAAAUAUUUCAGGAUCUCACCCAGGAGUUUUAUCGUCUCCGAUCUAAUCUUAGAGCUAAGCAAGAGCAUGCUUCACUACUUGAUGAUUUUAAAGAGUUCGAUAGAACAAGAUUAGAUUUGGAAGAGGGUUCAGGUUCUGAACAGCAAACCCUCCUUAAAGAGCGUGCAUCUAUCAGCCGAAGUACAGGACAGAUGGACACUGUUAUUUCACAAGCACAAGCAACGCUCGGUGCACUAGUCUUCCAGCGUUCAACUUUUGGUGGGAUCAAUUCAAAGCUCAGCAACGUGAGCAGUCGCCUCCCAACGGUAAAUAAUAUUCUGUCAGCAAUAAAGCGAAAAAAGUCGAUGGAUACCAUUAUACUUUCCCUUGUUGGGUCUGUAUGCAUUUUUCUUAUUUUCAUAUAUUGGCUAACAAAGUAAAGAUGUUUUUUGUGUUGGUAGUGUUGGUUUAAUCUAUUAUAUACUCCUUGUCUAUUGGGGGAGAAGGCAUAAUGUAUUGUUUGAUUGCUUUCAUCUGAAGAAAAGCCUAGUAAAUAUGAAGUUGUGAAAUUUAGAUUUUGACAUCAAUGUAUAAAAUUGUGUGUUCCAAUUCAUAA